AUGGACCCUGCCGCCGCCGCCGCCGCCGCGGCCACCGGCAACCUUCCGUCCCCGUUCUCUGCUGCAGCUGCCAACGGACACGUCUACUACUACCUCGACCCGGCCCUGUACGCGUCUGUCGUGCCGCCCGUGAUCCCGACCGCCGCAGAGGUGGCGAGGCGGCGCCAGGAGGAGGAGAACGCGGGCAUCCGCCUGGUUCACCUCCUCGUCACCUGCGCCGGCGCCAUUCAGGCGGGCGACUACUCGGCCGCCGGCGACUACCUGACCCAGGCGCGCUCCUUCCUCGCGGCGAUCACGAGUUCGACCGGGAUCGGCCGCGUCGCCAGGCACUUCGUGGACGCGCUCGCGCAGCGCCUCGCCCCGGCGCACCCGCAGCAGGCCCCGCCGCCGCCGCCCGCCACGGCGGCCGAGCUGCACAGCCAUUUCUACGACGCGGGGCCAUACCUCAAGUUCGCCUACUCCACGGCGAACCAGGCGAUCCUCGACGCGUUCGAGGGCUGCGACCGCGUGCACGUCGUCGACCUGGCCCUCAUGCAGGGCCUCCAGUGGCCGGCGCUCAUCGACGCCCUGUCCCAACGCCGCGGCGGGCCGCCGCAUCUCCGUAUCACCGGAAUCGGAGGCGCCGGCGACGAGCUCGGCGAGGUGGGCGCCCGCCUGGAGCAGCUCGCGCGCUCCCUGGACGUCCCCUUCACGUUCCGGGUGGUCCGCGUCGACCAGCUCGACGGCUUGCGCCGCUGGAUGCUCGGGGUCGUCCCCGGCGAGGCGCUGGCCGUCAACUCCGUCCUGCAGCUCCACCGCCUCCUCGUCGACCCGGACGCGGAUCCAGCGGUGCCGGCGCCGAUCGACGCCCUCCUCUACCUGGUCACCUCCCUGCAGCCCAGGGUCUUCACGGUCGUGGAGCAGGAGGCCGACCACAACAGGCCGGCGCUGGUCGAGCGGUUCACCAACGCGCUCUUCCACUACGCGGCCAUGUUCGACUCCAUGGAGGCCGCGAGCCACCGCACAGGCGGCGGCGGCACCACCAGCGCGCUCGCGGAGGCGUGCCUCCGGGCCGAGAUCCUCGACGUCGUCUGCGGCGAGGGCAGCGCCCGCGCGGAGCGGCACGAGCCGGUGGACCGGUGGCGCGAGCGGCUCGCGCGCGCGGGGCUGACCCAGCUGCCGGUCGGCGCGGACGAGGUCCGCCGGGCGUCGGCGCAGCUGAUCCGCGAGACGCUGUUCUCCGCCACCGGAUACGGCGUCCUGGAGUGCGCCGGCAGCCUCGCGCUCGCCUGGCACGACCGGCCGCUGUACGCGGCGACGGCGUGGCGGGCGACAGGAGCAGGAGAUGCUUCCGGCGGCGGCGCGGCUGCCGCUUCCGGGGAGCGCGACGACAAGGGCCGCCGCCGCAACAGCAGGAACGGUAGCGGCGAGAGUAACGGCCGCGGAAACCGGGCAACUGCCUAG